ACACCACAACCAAUGAGGAAACGUCUCAAGGCGAGAUGCGCCUCAAUGUCCAAGAGCUUCAUGUUGAAGUCCUUCAAUUAGAGAAAGAGAAGGCAGCAAUCGAGAAGGAAAAUCUUCUUUUACAACAGCAAAAAUUAAAGCUGCAGAUACACCUCCUUGAGAAAAAAGCAAAUGCUGCCAAAAAUAAUGAGCCGUUUCAAUGCCCUCUUUCUCCAAUAUUCUAA